UCUCGCUUCUACCUGAGAACGACAGUCUGGUCUCGCUUCUAAUUAAUGUCUUAUUGGUAUUACUGGCCGUGCGCUUGUUUUUCACACCUGUAGCUACGUUCAUUAAUCACGGUUAAAUGCACCCGUUGCCAGUAAUACCAGUAGCAUGUGUACGAACGCGUACGCGCCUUUUAAAUUUAUCGCGCGAUGCGUGGUAGCUGCACGUUUAAUAUUUGCAUGCGCGAGAAAAAUAUCGAAAUGAAUGAACUUCAAAAUCUUCACGAUAAGAGUCACUUUUUAUUAAAUAUGUCGAUAGAACAUUCUAAUUGACAUCUUCCUGCUUAGAAAAAAAUCUUUUUCUUAGGCAUUAGAACAGCGGCCUGAAUGUAGUCACGAAUAAAAUGUCACGUGCAGUCUGAAAUAGGCACGUAUCCUAAAAGGUUACACAACCUGCACCGAAAUGCGCGCGCGUUUUCUUCAUGUGUCACUUGCCGCACGUUGCCUUACAUGUUGCGUGUCUGAAGUUCAAAACGUUCAUACUUGUUUCAUUCACCGACACAAUCGUUAUAUCGUGAACAGACUGAUUCCUCGACAUUUUCUCGGUGACGAUUCGGAAUCCUCAGAAGACAAAUGGAUCCGGACAGUUGUUCGUUAACGUGCACGGUUACGGUGGAGUGGUUAAACGCCCAGGGCUCGAUCCUGCGAAAAGUGACUCACAGAACGGCGUCGUUGCGUCUGAUCCGAAACAAUCAGCGCGAGAUGCUCAUCGAGGUGCACGCGGAGAAGGCAAACGUGCGUACGAGGUUAGUUCUCAAAGGUAUUUCGGUGUUUAACAAAUUUAUGGCCGAAGGUAAAGCGUCUAUCAAGUUCAAGGAGCAGAACUGCACGUUGUUCCUGUCGAACGCACCCUCCACGCAGCUGAUCAACUUCCUCAAGACUAUAUUCAUCAAAAUGACGAACCAGGAUGAAAAGGCGAAGAAUCCCCUGAGAGAGAAGCUUUUCGCGAACCUGCAAUUGGGUGGCGCACAAGAGAUCAGUCCGGCUACCAGUGCAGAGGUCAACCGAGCGAAAGAGAAAGCCCUGGCUACGUCGCGAACGACGGUCACCACCCCGUCACCAGGCGUCGUCAAGAAGCGGAAACACAGCGAUCACAGCACCAAAGUACCCGCAGCGAAGAAGCUGUAUGAGAAUCCCACGUCUGGAGAAUUGACCGAGGAGCAGACCAGAAUAUUGAACGCAGUGGUCAGCGGGAAGAACGUGUUCUUCACCGGAAGCGCAGGGACUGGCAAAUCGUUCCUGUUGAAGAAGAUCAUCUCAGCGCUGCCUCCAGAUGUGACGAUGGCCACAGCAAGCACUGGAGUAGCGGCCUGCCACAUAGGUGGAAUCACGCUGCACCAGUUUGCCGGGAUCGGCCUGGGUACCGGCACCAUGGACAGAUGCUUCCAGCUGGCGUCCCGGCCGUCCGUCACCUCUGUCUGGCGCAAGACAAAGCACCUGGUGAUAGAUGAGAUUUCCAUGGUGGACGGCGAGUUCUUCGACAAGAUCGAGGCGGUAGCGAGGCACGUGCGCAGGACGGAGAGACCUUUCGGUGGAAUACAGUUGAUUCUGUGCGGUGACUUCUUCCAGCUGCCGCCCGUGUGCAAGACCAACGAUAGGGCAAAGUUCUGCUUCCAGAGUGAGGCCUGGCAGAAGUGCGUUCACUUCAACUACGAGCUGCAGACGGUUCACAGGCAGAAGGAUGCGGCAUUCGUAAAGAUACUGAACAGCAUCAGGAUAGGCAGGGUCACGGACGACAUCGUUGAAACUCUGAGGGAAACGGCGAAGCAGAGGAUCGAGAGUAACGGAGUAUUGGCAACCAGACUGUGUUCACACGUUAAGGAAGCCGACGAGAUCAAUGAGUUCCAGUUGAAUGAGCUGACGGGUGAAACUAAGACGUACACGGCAUCAGAUUCCGAUACCUCUAUGACGCACACGUUGGAUCAGCAGCUAGCUAUACCUGGCAAGUUAGUGCUGAAAGUCGGUGCUCAAGUUAUGCUGUUGAAGAAUAUCAAUCUCAACAGCGGAUUGGUAAACGGUGCUCGGGGUGUCGUUGUCAGUUUCAAAAACGAUGUACCGGUAGUUCAACUGCGAUCUGGAAUGCAUUACGAAGCGAAGACGGAGAAAUGGACUAUCAAAACCACUUCUGGCGUUCUCGUACACAGAAAGCAGAUUCCGUUGAAGCUGGCAUGGGCGUUUUCGAUUCACAAGAGUCAGGGUUUAACUUUAGAUUGCAUAGAGAUGUGCCUGUCGAGAGUAUUCGAUGCUGGUCAAUCGUACGUGGCGCUUUCGAGAGCUCAGAGCUUACAGAGUUUACGUAUCUUAGAGUUUGAUAGUCAGCAAGUAUGGGCUAACACAACUGUGCUUGAAUUUUAUAAGAAAUUUAGGAGGAACUUGCAGGAAAUGGAGAUGAUUCCUCUAGGCAAGAAAAUAAAAGUAGAGAAAGAUUAGAUAAAUUAGUGAUCUUGCUUAUUUUUAUAAUCUUUAUACGUGUGAUUUGUUGGAAGUAAAUAACUUGCUUCUAGCACAUGCAAUAAAAAUCGCAUAAUUAUUAUAAAAACAGUAUUGUUACAAUUGAUAUGAUAUUUAAAUGGAUGAUAUGAAUUUUUAUAUUCAGUAAAGAAAGUAAAUGCUUUAUUUCUAUGUAUCAUUAAU